UUCAAACUGCUUCGCAGCCAGCAGACCACGCAGCACCACGACACAACUGCUCCACCACACGCAAUCAAUAUGGCCAACCCACGCAUUGAGGAACUCCCGGACGAGCCCGAGAAGAAGGCUGUUGAGGUCGAGGAUGCCGAGUCCAGCUCUGACUCCGAAGGCGAGGGCGGCGAGGCUACCGAAGGUCUCCCCGCAGGCUCUUCCGCCGUGGUGCACUCUCGUAAUGAGAAGAAGGCUCGCAAGGCCAUUGGAAAGCUUGGACUGAAGCACAUUGAGGGCAUCACUCGCGUCACUCUCCGCCGACCCAAGGGAAUUCUCUUUGUCAUCAACCAGCCCGACGUCUACAAGUCUCCCUCAAGCAACACCUACAUCAUCUUCGGUGAGGCCAAGAUUGAGGACUUGAACUCCCAGGCUCAAGCCUCUGCUGCCCAGCAGCUUGCUGCCGCCGAGCAGGCCGGCGCUCACGACCACGCGGGCCACGAUCACGACCACGAUCAUGGCAAGGGCAAGGCUGUGGAAGAGAAGAAGGCAGACGAGGAAGAGGAGGAUGACGGUGAGGAGGUCGACGACUCUGGUCUUGAGGCCAAGGACAUCGAGCUUGUCAUGCAACAGGCUAGUGUGUCACGGAAAAAGGCUGUCAAGGCUCUCAAGGAGAACGAUAACGACAUUGUCAACUCCAUCAUGGCUCUUAGCAUAUAAACAUAGCCGCAACCGCGUGCAGGAUUGGCUGCGGGGAUCACCAGGAUGGCUUAUUUUGAGCGUUUGGGAGUCGGGGGGCUUGAACGCCCGUAUGCAAGACUACGAACUGAAUGUAUCAAAAAGUAAUGCCGUUAUCCACGACCCUCUUCACGCCUUUACCUUGGCGUUAAAACACCAAUGCAAAAAAGUUCAUCAACCUAUGAGAGGCUGUGUAAACAAUGCCAC